AUGGAUAAUCACCAAAAGAGGAAUCUAACUUUUUUUACCAUUGGAUUGAUUUUUUUGUUAAGCGGCAUAGAAUAUGCUGUCAUUCUACCCACAAUAUGGCGAUAUCUCCAGAUUUUGGAGGCCCCUCCUUACUUCCUGGGUCUGGGUCUGUCAGCUUUCAGUCUGAGCGGGCUGCUGACGGGACCACUUUUUGGGCUCUGGUCAGACCGGAGCAGAACUACAAAGACCAUCAUCCUCUUCUCCAAUCUUUUUGAGAUUGCUGGUAACUUCAUGUAUUUCAUGGGAUAUUCAAAAUGGCUGUUGCUGUGCAGUCGACUUGUUGCAGGUGUCGGUGCGGGAGCGGGCUCCUCCAUCUUUGGUUUCCUGACUCGGAGCACUCAGCCAGAGGAGCGUGCUGGCAUCUUUGCUGCCAUCAUGGCCUGUCGACAAGCCGGCCUCCUUCUCGGGCCCGCGUUCAACCUGUUCCUGCGGCUGUGUGAUUUCAAACUGGGGCCUUUUGUUGUGAACAAAUAUACGUCUCCUGGGAUCUUCAUGUGUCUGCUGUGGAUUCUGCUCCAAUUUGUUGUCUUGGCUCUUUACUGGGAUGUACCACCCAUCAGCUCCACGGAGGGGGGAGCUGUGAUGGUGGAGAUGAAAGAGGAGGAGGAGGUGCCGCUGGUGGGGUCCGACGAGGAGCCGGUGCUCACCUACAGGGCAGUCAAUUCGGACCAAUUAGAAACCUCCGCCUCGUGUGAGAGCCAGCCCCUGCGCGGCGCCCUGUCAACCCGUUCCUCCAUGACCUCGAACCCCUUCAAAAACUUCAGCGCCAGCAGAGAGUUCCUGAGAGAGGAGGUGGUCGUUCUCCUCACGGCUCAGUUCAUCACUCUCUUCAAUCAGACAGCACUGGAGACCAUGGUGACGCCUCUGACGCAGCGCUACUUCAGUUUCGGCGAGCUGGGCAACAGCCUGAUGUACAGUCUGUGUGGGGUGGAGGUCAUUCUGGGCUUCUUCUUUGUGCGCUGGCUGAGCUGUAAGGUGGCGGACCGCGCGGUGCUGGCUGUGGGCCUGGUCAUCUGCUGCACUGCCUGUAUCUGGUGCCUCAUCUUCCUCACCAACCCCCGAGGUGGUUAUGAGUGGGAGCUGGCGGUCUUCAUCAUCGGGGUGUUUCUGCAGCUGCUGGGGCUUCCCUUUGUUGCCGUGUCUCAGGUGUCGCUCUUCUCCAAAGUCACAGCAGAGAAAACACAAGGGUUCAGUCAAGGUAUCAGACGCUCAGUUGGCGGUCUGGCCACCAUCUUGGGGCCACUGUGGGCUGGAGGACUGACCAAUAACUUAUACAUCAUGCUGGGCAUGAUGCUGGCUCUUCUCACUAUGAUCACAGUUAUGAUGGUGUUAUCAUAUGGCCGUCUGACUGAGCCCAGGGCAGUGCAGUGCGCCCAGAGCUCAGACAGUGGAGGCUAA